CCAUCCCGCUUUUCUGAAAUUCUCCAGCUUUGAAACCCAGAAAAGCCUUCUGGUUUUUUCUUGUGGUCUCUGAGAUUUUCAGCCAUGGCCGAGUUUCCUCCUAAUGUUUACGACGCUCAACUGUGGCUUCCUUCUGAGACUUUCUUCAACGACGUCGUCCCGUCGUCUCCACUCCCACCGCUGCUGCAGAGCCGUGUCUCCUCCACCACCACCGACGACAUCGCUCGUCGCCUUGCCGCUCUCACUCUCCUCAAACAACGUCGCUGUCUCGGCCUGCACCUUCAGCGGUUCAGACCCCCGGUUCGGACCGGCCAGCUUGAUUGCCAGUACUGCCAGAGUUAUCUUCCCGGCCUCGGCAACGCCAGUGGAGCCUACCUUCCCGGGACUGAGCUCUAUCACCACAACCCGUUCCCGAACCCGGUCCAGCUUCCGGUUAGUGAUGUUGGCCUUGUGGAACCUAGACCUAGGGCUUUGAGCAGGCUUCAUAACCAAGUUCAAAUCCGAAACCAAAACCAAAACCAAAACCGCAUUCUCCAAUUUCAGGGAAAUGGGAUUGCCCCAAUGCCUGGUGUCAAGAGAGUUUCCGGCGGCACCGGUGUUUUCCAUCCCCGGGUUGUGGGCUCAACCACAACCAUGGUGGCUCCUGAGGUCAAGAAGAAGCCUGGGUCAAAAAAUAGGCCAGAGAACAGAGGCAUUCAGCAAAGGAACUCAAUGAAUAAAUGCGUUAAUAUGGGCGAAGAAAAUCACCAGCUAUGUCCUGAUGUUAUAUUACCUCAAGAGUGGACGUACUGAGCUCAAUUAGUACCUUCCUGUUGUGCAAAGUGUUGUUGUAGUCUCUUAAUAGAAUAAAGUUCCAUCAAACUAGAAUAGAAGGUCAAUUAUCUGUUGGGUUUUGUGAAGCAGGAAUUGAAAGAAGUGUAAGGGUG